GUGUGACGCAGACGCGCUCAACGACCGUUCAACGCUGAUCAUUUGUCUUUCAGUGCCCUUAAACUUGAAGUUGUAGUCAGUUAUCAUGUCAUCUCACGUUCCAGGAUUUUCUGCUUUGACUAAACCGGGUUUAAUACCGGGUUUCAGGCUUUCUAAAGAUCGGCUGAUCACCAUCGUUCCUGUUGCAGUGGCCGCAGCUGUGAGUACCUACCUGGUGACGCGCUACUUCAGCGGGCAGAGCGGUACAAAAAGCAGAGUCAACCAGACGAUCAACAAAGACAGCCCUAAAGUAGUGCACAGCUUCGACAUCGAAGACAUCGGCAACAAGGUCGCCUACUGCCGAUGCUGGAGGUCCAAGAAGUUUCCCUACUGUGACGGUGCACACGCCAAACAUAACGAGGAAACGGGUGAUAAUGUCGGACCACUGAUCAUUAAGAAGAGAAAUGCUUAAAUCUGGAGAAGUCCGCCCAAGAAAUGCAACUGAGAGUGUUUGUGUGUGCCAGUGAUGCAGAGUAACCGAAAAUGAAUUAAAGGAUUAGUCCAUUUUCUUAAAAAAAAAUCCAGAUAUUUACUCACCACCAUGUCAUCCAAAAUUUUGAUGUCUUUCUUUGUUCAGUCGAGAAGAAAUUGUGUUUUUUGAGGAAAACAUUUCAGGAUUUUUCUCAUUUUAAUGGACUUUAAUGGACCCCAACACUUAACAGUUUCAGUGCAGUUUAAAAUUGCAGUUUCAAAGGAUUUUAAAUGAUCUCAAAAAAGGCAUAAGGGUCUUAUCUAGUAAAACGAUUGUCAUUUUUGGCAAAAAUAAAUAAAUAAAAAAUAUGCACUUUUAAGUUCUCUUCUUCCUCCGGCUGUGUGCAAGCCAGCGCGACCUCACGUAAUUGCGUAAUGACGUAGUUCACAUGUUACAUAUAUGAAAUGCACAUUUGUGGACCAUUUUAAACAAUAAACUGACACAAAGACAUUAAUAAGUAUCAUUCAACAUACAACAACGUCAGAACGGUCCUCUUUCUCCACACUUGUAAACACUGGGGCGUAGUUUCGAUAUGUCAUCCGUGACCUGUUGACGUGAUGACGUAUUGCAUGAGGUCCCACUGGCACGUCACAGGACCGGAAGAAGACAAGAAGUUGUGGUUUAAAAGUGCAUAUUUUUUAUUUUUCUUGCCAAAAAUGACAAUCGUUUCGCUAGAUAAGACCCUUAUGCCUCGUUUGAGAUCAUUUAGAGUCCUUUGAAACUGCUAUUUUAAGUAUUGGGGUCCAUUUAAGUCCAUUAAAAUGAGAAAAAUCCUGGAAUGUUUUCCUCAAGAAACAUCUCGACUGAAAAGAGAAUGACAUCAACAUUUUGGAUGACAUGGUGGUGAGUAAAUUAUCUGGAUUUUUUUUUAAGAAAAUUGACUAAUCCUUUAAAUUUGAUAGCCUUACAAAAAAAGGUUAAUCCAAGUAUACUGUAAAUCCAGUCGUACAAAUGUUUUUUACAAAUUGAAAAACCUUGCUGUAAUUCUCUUAAAACAUACAGAUGUUCAUUUCCCUCCUUCAGACCGAGGACUUCUGCAAACAUACAUAGAUGUACUGUAUUUCCUGUAACUGUGCUGAGGUUUCAUGCCUGGUUGCGUUAUCUGCCUCAACACGACACAUACUGUAAAACCCUUUAAAUCGACACUAAUGUGACUUUGAGUUUUAGGGGCUGGGACAGAGCUAAAAGCGCACAAUGUGUUAUUAAAAUGUCUGUGUUUGUGUAAGUAUUAGUGGUCUUUGUUGUAAAACUAAAUGCUUUCUUUUUCAAAUGUGCCAUUUGCAUACAUUUUCUAUCAUGGUGUUGAAUUAUCAUUUGCCAAAUGUAUAAAUAAAUAAAUGCAAUUUGAAAUUG